CAGAGACCCUCCCCUCCACUCUAACACCAUGGAGUCGGACAACCCCUCCACCACGACGGGGUCACCGGAUCAACCCCCCCGAGCCCCCCUGACCACAGAGCAGCUGCAGCGGAUUGAAGCCAACCGCCUGAAAGCCAAAGCCAUCCGCGCGCAACGCGAAGCCGAACACGCAGCUACACUCACAUCAUCCACAUCCACAUCCACAUACACAUCAACACAACCCCCGACCGGCACAAAACGCAGCCACACCACCAUGACCUCUUCCUCCAGCCCCAGCAGCAGCAGCAUCACCCCCUCCACCCUCCGCAACCCAACCCCAACCACAAACACCAACCCAGCAACAAAUCCCACCGCCCGCCCCCUCGAAACCCUCCGCCCAAGCCGCACCUUCACCAAAUUCGUCGAAUACGACUUCUCCAAAAUCACCGACACGAAAGGCGGCUUCCUGACCGCCGAAGACGACCGGUCCAACACCGCCCUCCACGCCUCCUCCUCCACCACCACCAGCACCAACCCAGCUCAUCAAAAACCCGCGCACCUCACGCAAAAAGAGUGGGAACGCCAACGACUUCUCGCGUCGCUGCGACGGGACCGCGCGGGGCCGUUCGAGCCCGGACUUAGCGUGCUGGAGGACAAGAGUCGGCAGAAAUGCUGUCGCGAGUGCGGGAGUCUCGAGAUCGAUUGGAAGUGGGAGGAGAUGCUCAGGUGUUGUGUCUGUUUUGCAUGUAAGGAGAAGUUUGCCGAGAGGUAUAGUUUGUUGACCAAGACGGAGGCGAGGGAGGAUUAUCUUUUGACGAAUUCCGAACUCCAAGACGAAGACCUCCUCCCGCACCUCGAACGACCCAACCCGCACAAAUCCACCUGGAACAACAUGAUGCUCUACCUCCGGUACCAGGUCGAGGAGUACGCCUUCUCCGACAAGAAAUGGGGCUCGCCCGAGGCCCUGGACGAGGAGUUCGAGCGACGCGAGAACGAGAAGAAACGCCGCAGGGAGGCCAAGUUCAAGACGAAACUGCAGGACCUGAAGAAGCGCACUCGUGUCGACGCGUACCGUCGCAGUCGGGGGGCCGCCGGUGCGGGGGGCAGUUUCGGGGAUGAUUUGGGGAAUGGUGGGAGACAUGUUCAUCAGUGGGGGAGGUCGGUGGAGGAUCCGAAGACGGGCAUUGGGGUGAAGAAAUGUGUGGAUUGUGGGAUGGAGGUCGAGGAGUUGGAGUUUUAG